UGCCCUCUCCCUGCUUGUCUUUCAGGACCAUCAUGCACCUGAAGUCGUAUCCGAAGCUCAUGCGCUCAGAGUUGCGCUUGGAUGCGUCCGGGGUUCAGACAUCGCAGCGGAGCAGCCUGUUUGUGAACCAGCAGGGGGCGCUGAUGAGGACCUGCAGUCGCAACAAUGCCAACAACAUCAGCCGCCUCCCGUUCAGCGUCAUCUCCACCAACACCAUGCGCUGCAGCAACGCCAUCAUCAACAACAACAACAUCAGCAGCAGCAGCGUGGCGGGAUGCGAGAACAACGGGAUCAGAUUCUACCAAACCACCACGGAGGAAACAGACGCCCCGCUGGACAUCUGGACCGUCAUCAAGCCUGGACACGUCCGGGAAAAGAUCGCCAUCUUCGCUUCAGACGAAGAGCAAACGGACGGCGCUGAAGGCAGUGAACGCACCUCAACCGGCGGCACAGAAAACCAGGAGCGGACGCCGGAAGUCUGCACGAACACAGCGGUGAUGUCGGGAAUGUUGCGAGGGGUGAAGGCGAAGGGGAGCUGGGAGGAGAACUGUAACGCUAAGAGGCGCCGCAGGUCGGGGAACAACCAGAACCUCCAGCAGGACGCAAAGCCCGGAGACCAGGAGACACAGCAACACGUCCUCAGUCCAUCUCCACUGAGAGCGGUGUCAACGCUGCAUUCAGGCGGCGGGCCGUGUGCAAACGAGGCGCCGCCGGAGGACGAGGAACAGAAGGUGUCGGUCGUGGAAAUGGUGGCGUUCCUGGAGCAGUUAGCCAGCGAGCAGCAGCCCGACUCCAAACCUCUGCUGACCCUCCAGAGGAGCUCCGCCUCCAUCACGCUGUCCAGAGCUCUGCCUCCCGAGGGGUCAGAGGUCAGGGGGGAGGAGCCAGAGAGCGUCAGGGUGUCGGACAUGGUGGCCAAGCUGGAGUCAGAGUGUCUGAAGAGAAGGACGGAGGGCGAUCUGUCGAGGAGCAACAGCCUGAGGAGGGCGGUGGGAAGAGUGCUGCUCGCUGCCUCAGAUCAGAGCCCCGCCUCAGAUCAGAGCACCUGCCCGUCAUCUCCAUCAGCGAUGACAUCAUCAUCAUCAUCACUGCUGGGAGCUCAGAGUGAUGACAGCGAGCCAAUCAGCUGCCCAGAAACACCAGCAGCUCCGCCCCCCUCAGGUGAGGUGGAGGUGGUAGAAGAAACACUGACCCCUGUCACUGUCACUCAGACAGAAGCCCUUCCCCUCUCACUCACCGAGGGGGCGGAGCCUCAGCCCGGUUUGUUGUUUUUGUCCCGCCCCCCUCUUUCCUCAGUGCCCCGGACCCCUCGCCGCCACAGAAUGUCUUUUGACCUGGAGCUCAGCCCCCCUCCUGCUCCCUGUGACUCUGGCAGCCAAUCAGAGAAGAGGAGGAGGAGGAGGAAGGCAGACAGGCAUCAGGGGGAGGAGCCUGUUGCCGUGGUUCCUCUGGUGCGGCGCCCCUCUGCGUCGCAGGACUUCCUGUUGAUGCGUCAGCGGCUGCAGCAGCUGUUGGAGCCGCAGCCCUUUCUGGCCGUUCUGCCGCACCACAUCCUGCUGAAGAUCUUCAGUCUGCUGCCCACGCAGAGCCUCACCGCGCUCAAGUGCUCCUGCAACUACUUCAGAUUCAUCAUCGAGGACUACGGCGUCCGGCCCGCCGACUCGCUCUGGGUUUCGGACCCUCGUUACCGUGACGACCCCUGCAAGCAGUGCAAGAGACGGUACGUGCGCGGCGAUGUGUCGUUGUGCCGCUGGCAUCACAAGCCGUACUGCCAGGCGCUGCCGUACGGGCCCGGGUACUGGAUGUGUUGCCAUGGCGCCCGCAGGGACAUGCUGGGCUGCAACGUGGGUCUCCAUGACAACCGCUGGGUCCCGGCGUUCCACAGCAUCAACGUGCCGAUCUACAGGAGCCGCCGUCACCACGACGACAGAGACUGAGUGUGUGUGUGUGUGUGUGUGUUGGUGUGUGUGUGUGAGAAAUAGGUCACUGAUGCUGACAUGAACUCCAGCUCCCAUGAUGCAACAGCAGCUCAGACUUCUCCUUCAAAAAAAUAUCCCUUUGGACACAUCUGUGUGCAACAAUUGAAGUGUUUAAAAUAAAUAAAUAAAUAAAUAAGAACUAUUUUAAAAGGUAAGCAAACUUUAACCUUCAUGAGUUUGGAGGUCACGUCGACCUGAGUUGCUUCAUGCGGUCAGAGCGGCGCCCCCUGCUGCUCCUCCGCCUCCUCACAGCAUCCAUUAAGGCUAGUUGGCUAAUUAAAAGGAGCUCGUUAGUGAGGAGGGGUCUCGUUCAGGACUUCUUCUCCUUCACUGCUGCUGAGAUUAAAACCUGAAGAUCAGCUGAUACUUAGUGCAAGUUCAACUAAAACUCGUUUCUGAUUAAUACUAAAAUCCUGUCAAUAAGACUCUCCAACCGUAUCAUCAUGAGUUCAUAUCAAUAUCAUAUCACUUAGGGUUAAUAUCAAAUCAUCAUUAAGUCCUGUUCUGAGGUGGUGAUGUCCAGAUGAACCCAUACAUGCAAACUGCUGCUGUAGUUCAUUAUUUUUGAUUUAAUAUGGAUUGCUAUGUUUCGUUUCAUCUAAAAAAGUCAGAUUAAAUAUCCAUCCUCAAUUUACCAAAGUGUAAGUGAUGUCAGAAUAUGUCUUGUUUUGUCAGGUUUAAAAACCCAAAGAUACUCAGUUUAAUAUGAUAUCAAUCAAAAAAGCAAUGAAAUCAGUUUUUUUAUUUUUUACGUUUACGCGAUUAUCAAAACAGUUUUUCCAUUGAAAGGAUUCUUCUCAGUUUGAAAUCAUUAUUCAUUUCACAUCUUUGGACAAAGCAAGACAUUUGAAGACGUCAUUUUUAAAUUAAAGUGAUUUUGAGGAGUAUUUUCGGACAUUAUUUAACGUGUAAAUGAGUAAAAAACAUAAAAACGCAUUCAUCAUCUGUGAGGGGGCGGAGCUUCAUCGGGCGCCACGUUUGGAGCGAAGAGGAAUCCACAGUUUUAUCUACACCUUGCUUGUGUUUACAUUUUGUACAUAAAUCCUAGAGUUUAUUACGUCUCUUCAUGAACGCCAAUCAGCGGCUGAGGGAUAAUCAUCUUUAACAGGACGGACGUUGUUGUUGUUGUUCUUAUUAUUAUUUUGUCGAAGGGAAAAGAGGAAACGUGGCCUUGAGUCUCGGAGACGCUGCAAUACUAGAGACUGUAGAGAUUAUAUAUAUAUAUAAAUGUGUAUAUAUACAAAAAAGAAUAUCGGGGGAGAAAGAAAACAAACAGCCUUUGACCUUCAGAGAUUUUUGUUUUUUUUAAGAUAUGUUGGUUUUCUGUCUGCUGGCUGUUUUUGUUAAAGAUGUUUUGCUUUAAUAAAGUGCUUUCUCAUUGGUCUUUGUUCGGGUUCAAA